GGCGGCAGUCAGAUCACUAUGGGACGCUGAGGCAGAGGGAUGACGACAUGCCACACAUAUCUCGAUAAAUGCUAAAGGAAGCUGAGAUUUCUGAGUCAGUUCCUGAGGAGUAGCUGCUGAAAAGCAGGAGUUAAACCAUGAAGCUCGCUCUUCUUCUAGGGCUUUUGCUUGUAUCUGGGGAAUUUCCAUUGGUGUGGAGCUCUUGUCCUUCUCAGUGUAGCUGCUUCUAUCACAGCCUGAGUGAUGGAUCCAGAGCCAGGAGUGUGAUUUGUAAUGACCCUGAGAUUUCUCUGGUGCCUGCCAGCUUCCCCGCUGACACAUCCAAACUUAGAAUAGAAAAAACAGCCAUCAAGCGGAUCCCUAGUGAAGCUUUUAACUACCUCUCCAACCUGGAAUUUCUGUGGAUGUCCUUCAACGUGCUGUCCUCCCUCAACACAGACAGUUUUCGUGGUCUGUACAGUCUGGAGGAGCUGAGGCUCGAUGGCAAUUCCCUCACUUCAUUUCCAUGGGAAUCGUUAAUGGACAUGCCAAGCCUAAGACUCCUCGAUCUACACAACAACCAGCUCUCCUCUGUCCCGCCCGAGGCCACACUGUACAUCAAGAACUUAACAUACCUGGACCUGUCCAGCAACAGCCUGCUGACAGUGCCAUCUGAAGUCCUUUCUACUUGGCUGACAAUCAAACCUGUGCAGGGAGCAGAGAGUUCUAAAAUGAUUCUUGGGCUCCAUGACAAUCCUUGGCUGUGUGACUGCCGGCUGUAUGACCUGGUGCAGUUCCAGAAGUCUCCCUCACUCUCUGUGGCCUUCAUUGACACUAGGCUGAGGUGUGCUGAUCCUGAGAGUCUGUCAGGGGUUCUGUUUAGUGAUGCAGAGCUGAGAAGAUGCCAGAGCCCCAGGGUUCAUACUGCUGUAGCCAGGGUCAGGAGUGCAGUGGGCAACAAUGUGCUGCUGCGUUGUGGCACUAUUGGGGUCCCCAUCCCUGACCUAGCCUGGAGAAGGGCAGAUGGGAAGCCACUGAAUGGGACAGUUCAGCAAGAGAACUCUAAAGAGGGAAUUGUUUGGUCUAUCCUAAGUGUGCCUGCAGUCUCCUUCCGCGACUCUGGGAAAUACAUCUGCAAGGCAACAAACUACGCUGGAAGUGCAGAGGCAGUUAUUUCUCUGAUCAUAAGUGACUCUCCAAAGGUAGAAAAUCAAACUGGAAAUUUGAAGAAAGUUAAAGGAAAAAAGCCAAACCCUGUUGUGAAGGCAGCCUACCAAGAAAAACUUAUCGCCAGGUAUGUUUCUCCAAGACCCUCUCCUGCAACUGCACUUGUAGCCCCUGUGGUUUACACUGGCCCUUAUCCAGGCAUGGAAAGUGACAGUGUUCCAGACAGUGGGACAAAUGCUCAGCCAACCGGGCCUGAUGGACUCCUUGAGACCAAUCUGAGCAACCUCGCAGCCAACACAUCCUCUCUGCAACAAGACCCUGACAGAGUGGUCCGCUCAGUCAAGGUGAUUGGAGAUACAGACUAUACAGUGUGUCUAAACUGGAGAGCACCAAAGGCAAAGAACACCACUGCCUUCAGUGUGCUCUAUGCUGUGUUUGGAGAGAGGGACAUGCGCCGAAUUAAUGUCAGUCCAGGCAACAACCGGAUCAUCAUCGAGGGCUUGGUUCCAAAAACAAAAUACAUUGCCUGUGUGUGCGUAAAAGGCCUGAUCCCCAAAAAGGAGCAGUGUGUAAUCUUCUCAACAGAUGCAGCAGCGAGCGCUAAUGGGACCCAAAAGCUCAUUAAUGUAGUUGUAAUCACGGUUGCCUGUGUGAUAGCAGUGCCUCUGACUGUGAUCGUCUGCUGUGGGGCGCUUAAGAGGAAAAUCCAGAAAUUUCUGGGCAAAAAGUCCAAAGAUAUUCAGGACUCAUAUGUGACGUUUGAGACUCUGUCCCCCAGCACUAAGGCUAAAGGCCUGGAGGGAGAAUACCUGAACAGAAUGAACCCAGAGGAGUCCAACAGACUGCUGUCAGCCAGAUCCAGUCUGGACUCCGAGUCCACCGCUAAGAUUGAGGGACAGCCAAAUGAAUAUUUUUGCUGACAAUUUCCCUCAGCCACUGCUCCACCACACAGCCUAAGUAUCCAGACUCAGCCCCAGUAUCUGAGUGCUCACAAUCUGUACCAGCAAUACCUGGCUGAGCAUUCUUAAAAGAAAUCUGUGGAUACUUCACACUAGUAACUAAGGACACUAAAGGAAGAGUCUUUCAUCUUUUUAUCUCUCGUGCUCUUUGUUACUAUACUGAUGGACUUGGUUAAAAGACUAAGCCAUCUGGCUGGUGGUGGGGUUGUGGCUGAGCAGUCCAGAACCUCCACACACAUGAACUACUCAUCAUUCAGAUAUUGAUCCAUGGUUAAAGGGAAACAAGUAAUUGACUGACUGCACGUAAUGUAUAUAUCCAUGUAUUUUCUGUGUAUAUUACAACUGUAUUCAUCUUUGCAUAUGAAUGAAUACAUAUGCAUAUGCAUAUGAUGUAACUUACAUUUUGUAAAUAUAUUAGAAACUCAUCUAAAAAUAGAUUUCUAAACUAAAUAAUUUGCACUAACUUAAACAAAUGUUUAUUUGUGUUUUUAUGAUUAUUAUAAAAUGUUGCUGGAUUAUGAAACUCUAUGAGAUUUUUUGAUUAUGGCAACAUUUCUGUAUUGAGAUUUUUAGAAUGUGUGUAACUUGUGCCACUGAUUUAUCCUGACAGUUGUAACUUUGUUUUAUACCCCAAACCUCAGUGUGUUUCAUAAAAUAGAAAUAAAGAAUUUUUAUAUUAA